AGAUCUGUAUGCGAAAAGAAAUCACUGUAAGUGAAGAAAAUGAAAUAUCACUCGAGUCUGUAAUUGCUGAUACGUAACACUUUGGCCAACUAUAUAGCGUUAAGCACGUGAUCUCCCUGGCUUGGCGCUAAAUUUGAAACAAAGUAGAGAAAUAGAGAAAAUACACGGAAUCCGAAAGAAAGAGAGAAAAAAAGAAUUAUUUUACUAAGUCAACGCGAAGGAAGCAAAAAUUCCAUCGUCUACAGCCAUUGCUUCGUGUUCAUCGAUUUGUUAUCGUUACACUAAUGAUAUAUUUUUAUUCUUAACAUCAAAUUAAAUCGAAUCUUUGAAGAAGAAUUCAAUGGUCGUGCAAUCGCGCAUCUCUGAUUUUUAUCGUGAUCGAUAAGCGAUAACGAAAGUAAAUGAACUGUGACGUAUUAUAACAAAUAUACGCACAAGGUUUAAUUCGAUUUGAUAGAGCGGAUCAGCUACUCGUCCUCGAUAAGGUGAACCGAGCGAUAAAGCGAGGUCGUGCAAGUUAGUUGGCCGAUUCGCGACUGACGACAGAAAUAGAGAAUCAGAAGCGAGAUGCCGAUCGUGGUUCAUAGAGUGUCGUUCAGUCGUUUCUUGAAACUUUUAACGAAUACUUCGACGUUGCGUACCGUUACCAGAAUGGCGUCUACAGGAUGCCAGGAUCACGAUCAGAAGGUCGUCCCUAAGGACGAGGUCAUCAGAUUUAUCGAGGAAUGCAUGUGUAAAGCUGGCACCACGGUGGAAGACGCGCGCAUCGUCGGUCAUCACCUGAUGACAGCGGAUUACAGAGGCCAUUUCAGUCAUGGAAUGAACAGGAUGCAAAUGUACGUACAGGAUAUCGAAAAUCGAAUCACCGAUCCCGCCGUCCGGCCACAGAUUGUCACCGAUUUUCAGGCGAUAGCUCUCGUGGACGGGAAGAACGCGUUGGGCCAGGUGGUUGGCAAGUAUUGCAUGGAGCUCGCCAUAGAAAAGGCUAAAAAAUUCGGCAUCGGCAUGAUAGCGGCGCGCGGUUCCAAUCAUUACGGCAUCUGCGGUUAUUACACGAUGAUGGCAAUGGAGCAGAGCUUGAUCGGAUUUACUUGCACCAAUACGAGUCCGUUGAUGGCGCCAACGCGCAGUAUGAAGGCCGGCCUAGGAACGAAUCCCUUGUCCCUGGGUAUGGUCGCCUGCAACGGUGACGAAUUUGUUCUCGAUAUGGCGACCACUGCCGUCGCUCUCGGCAAGAUCGAGUUGGCCAUACGAAAAGGCGAGGACAUCCCUGAGGGUUGGGCACUUGGACAUGACGGAAAGAUCACCCGCAAUGCCGAGGAAGCUUUUCGAGCGUCUCUAUUGAUGCCCCUAGGUGGCGCGGAACAUAAUUCCGGGUAUAAAGGUUUCGGUUUGGGUCUGAUGGUCGAAAUACUCUGCGGUAUUUUGAGUGGGAGUCAUUUCGGGCCGAAUAUUCGUCCCUGGAAGACCGGUGACAAGAUCGCCAACCUCGGGCAAUGCUUCAUGGCCAUUAAUCCAGAGGCAUUCGCACACGGAUCGAAAGAAAGAUUAACGAUCUUACUCAAACAGUUGAGAGAUCUGCCCGCUGCCGGCGAGAAACCGAUCCUGAUCGCCGGUGAUCCCGAAAGAGAGCACAUGAAAAAAGUUGACAAGGAGGGCGGGAUCACGUAUCAUCCAAAUCAGCUGGAAGCCUCGGAAAAAUUCGCUAAACAUAUGGGCGUGCGACCGAUGAAACUCGUUUCUAAGUUUGCUUGAUUGGUCCGUUUUUUUCUUUUUUUUCUUUUCUU